GCCACUACCAAACACGUCGUCGUCUUCGUCUCGGUUUCUUUCUUGCGAGGGAGGCAGAAGCCGAGGCGUCUCAAGUUCUCAACCUCUUUCGCUGCUGAAUCGAACCAGACCAGACCACCACCGCUCCGCCUCGCCUCGCCGGCUAGCUUUUCGCCGCCGCGGAUCUCGGACCGCCGCCAUGGACUCCGCGCACUCGUGCUCCUCCGCCGCCGCAGGCGAGGCCCCGACCACCGGUGAGCACCGGAUGGGGACCACCAUCGUCGGGGUCUGCUACGAGGGCGGCGUCGUCCUCGGCGCCGACUCCAGGACUAGCACUGGAAUGUAUGUAGCCAACCGCGCUUCAGACAAGAUUACUCAGCUGACAGACAAUGUCUAUGUCUGCCGCUCUGGAUCUGCUGCUGAUACACAAGUUAUUUCCGACUAUGUGCGUUAUUUCCUCCACCAACACACAAUUCAGCUUGGGCAACCAGCUACUGUUAAAGUUGCAGCCAACUUGAUUAGGCUGUUAGCUUAUCAGAACAAGAACAUGUUGCAAGCUGGCAUGAUUAUUGGAGGAUGGGACAAGUAUGAGGGAGGCCAAAUUUUUUCAGUUCCCCUUGGCGGAACAAUUCUGCGGCAACCAUUUGCAAUUGGAGGUUCGGGUUCCAGUUACCUGUAUGCGCUUCUUGAUCAUGAAUGGAGAGAGGGAAUGAGCCAGGAAGAGGCAGAGAAAUUUGUGGUGAAGGUAGUUUCCCUUGCUAUGGCCCGUGAUGGUGCUAGUGGAGGAGUUGUUCGUACAGUUACUAUAAAUGCGGAUGGUGUCAAGAGGAACUUUUACCCUGGUGACAAACUUCCUCUGUGGCAUGAAGAGUUGGAGCCUCAGAGCUCCUUGCUUGAUAUUCUUGCUGCCGGGAACCCUGACCCCAUGGUGCAGUGAAUUUGCUCUCCAGCCUCACACUCACCUUUGUGAAAUUUCCUACUGUAUGACUUGUUCAAGAUUUUAAGUGGAGAAUUUGAGAUAGUUCCUGCUGGUACACCAAAGUGUUUAUUUUCUUCUUAUUAUUACCAUGCCUUAGUAAAUUCCUGUUCGGCAGAUUGUGAUAGGUGUUCUGAGGUGUGGUUAGUAAUCAGAUUGUUGUGACUCGAGAUAAAUGGUUAGCUGUUUACUGUGAUAAGAAUACGACACUGUGAUCUGCCCAGCGGUCAUGUAAGGUGAUGCGGAAUUGCAUAUGGCUAUAUGGCUGUUGCGUA